AUGCCACUCGGUAAACAUUUCUGUUCAGUGGGCCUCGGGAUGAAGCUGGCAUCUUUGAUGUCAGCUCCAGAGAAAUCUUCACCUGCCAACAGUGACAAGCUUGGCCAUGUAUUAUCACUAAUUUUCAAGUCCUGUGCAACUGAAGUUCCCAAAGCAAAGGAUCUCAAAGUUCUGUUGAAGAAAAUCCACCCUGAUACCAGGAUUGAAGCAUUUCAGCACAUUGAAGAUGAAGCAACCCUCGUACCACUCUAUGACAUUGGGGAGAGAAGUAAUCAGGCAGGAGAGAACAGUAGCAUGGACCAGGGAGAGAGGGAAGGAGAAAAUAGUGGUGCCAUGAAUCAGAGGCCAGGAGAUUGGGUUUUCGUCGAUGACACUGGCACACCUGCUGCCUCUGAGUCACAGGCUGAAAGUGUUGGCCAGCCUGAGGAUGAUGUAAUGUCAACAAAUGCCAGCUCUGCCAGUAGUGACAAAGCCCCAGUGCUCCAUGAAAUCGACCAUGAUUCUACAAAACCAUGGACUGCAUCAAACUCCUCAUCCGCAAUAUGUGGCGAUGAAAUCAUGUGCAAACCAGACCUCACCCUACUCGAUGAUAUCAAGGCUAGAUGGGAUACAAUCAAGGCCGUAUGCUUACCUGCUUCUCAAACACCAACUGUGGAGACACUUCGCACUGUUGGUCUCCAUUUGCAAUGGGUAUCACAAGCUUCACAUCCAUCUAUAUGA